GUGCCGGGUUUGGACAUGUUCGAUGCUCAGUUCUUUAAAGUCCAUUACCGUCUUGGGAAGAAUAUGGACUCUAUGUCUAGGAAACUUUUGGAACAGGCGUUUCAAGCUAUUUAUGAUGCAGGUGUGAAUUCGGAUCAGCUUAGCGGCAAAAAGCUCGGCGUGUAUAUAGGAUCAUGCUUUUCAGAGACAGAGAAAUCUGCUUUCUAUAUAGCUUCUACUAAGACUGGUUUUGGUAUUAUGGGAUGCAGCAAAAGUAUGUUUGCAAACCGGGUUUCCUAUUGGCUGAACGCGAAAGGCCCGUCAAUCGCGGUAGACCAGUCCUGUUGCAGCUCCAUUGUUGCUUUAGAGCUAGCGUACCAGGCCAUGAACCGGGGAGAUGUAGAUGCUGCACUUAUCGGAGGAGCUAGUUUGUGCUUGCUUCCACAAUCCUCAGUCCAUAUGAGAAGAGUAAUGAUGAUCAACCGAGAUGGUAAAACAAGAUCUUUCGACAAGAACGCAUGUGGAUGCGCCAAAUCUGAAGCUAUCAAUGUGCUAUUCCUCCAGAAAAAAAGGGAUGCUCUUAGAAUUUACGCUGAAGUAGUGCACGUCAAAACGGAGUUCAACAAUCUAAUUGAGGGAGAAAACGGGCCAAAAUAUGGAUUCUAUCGAGAAUCAGAGAAGUUGGCGGAGUUCUUGAACCGGUUCUAUAAAGAAGCAAAUGUUGAUCCCAGGGAAGUGCAAUAUAUCGAAGCUGUUGGAUCUGCGACACCAGAAGCAGAUAAAUCUGAAUUAGAAGCGAUAGAUAAAGUGUUCUGUAAUAGCAGAAGUAGUCCUCUGUAUGUUGGGAGCGUAAUGUCCAACAUCGGAUACAGUGAGGCAGCUUCCGGCGCGUCUUCUGUUACGAAGGUUCUACUCGGUUAUCAUAAGGGAUUACUAGCCGCCAACCUGCACUGUGACAGUCCGAGAGACGACGUAGAGGGGAUACAGAAGGGAGUCAUGCGUUUCAUGAUCGACCACCAGCCUUUUGGUCGAGGAUACACUGCUGUAAACAAUCUGUCGGUUACUGGGGUUAAUGCUCACGUUCUUCUUCAUGGACAUUAUAAGCCAAAGGAUCUCAAUAAAUAUAAGUCCAAUAUACCUUAUUUAGUCACAAUGAGUGGAAGGCAACAGUCAGCAGUUGAGAGGAUUAUAAACGACCUCAAAAGCAGACCCGUGGACGCAGAAGAGAUAGCUCUUUUUCAUAGCAUACAUCAGGAUAGAAUCAGUGGCCAUAUGGGAAGAGGCUAUAUCAUCCUUGAUACAAACGAGAACAACGAAACAAUAACUGUAAAGGAAAAAGCGGACUACUUCCCGGACGUGACCAGCCCGCUGUGGUUCGUGUACAGCGGGAUGGGCUCGCAGUGGGCCGGGAUGGGCACGCAACUCAUGCGCAUACCUGUCUUUGCGAAGGCUAUACAGCGAUGUCACGAAGUGUUGAAGCCCAAAGGAGUGGACCUUAUUCACAUCAUCACGUCACCAGACAAAAAAAUCUUUGACAACAUUCUUCAUUCCUUCGUCGGGAUUGCUGCCGUUCAAAUUGGUCUCACUGAUGUUCUUACGGAAUUGGGAAUUGUUCCUGACAAAAUUAUAGGUCACAGUGUAGGAGAACUAGGAUGCGCGUACGCAGACGGCUGUCUCACAGCGGAAGAGAUGAUCCUCUCCGCGUAUAGCCGCGGGCUCGUGUCUGUACAGACUCCAUUCAUUAAGGGAACUAUGGCGGCUGUUGGAAUGGGAUAUACACAGGUUUCGAAGCUGUGCCCUCCAGAAAUAGAAAUAGCGUGUCACAAUAGCUCUGAGUCAGCAACUAUCUCUGGUCCGUCGGAAAUUAUGAAGAAGUUUGUUGAAUCUCUCACUGCGAAGGGCAUAUUUGCUAAAGAAGUUCCUUCUUCCAAUAUCGCUUAUCACUCAAGAUAUAUCGCUGAAGCAGGACCCGGUCUUUUAAAAUAUUUAAAGGAAGUGAUAAAAAGUCCGUCACCUCGCUCUGAGCGUUGGGUAUCCACUUCGAUCCCCCAGGACAAAUGGGACGAACCUCUCGCCAAGUAUUCUUCUGCUGAAUAUCACACCAACAAUUUACUCAACCCAGUACUAUUCGAGGAAGCGUCAGCACUCAUCCCGCCGGACGCGGUCCUGGUGGAGGUGGCACCGCACGGGCUGCUGCAGGCGAUCCUCAAGCGCGCGCUGCCCGCCUCCUGCACCAACAUCCCACUCACCAGCCGUGGCCACAAGGACAACGCGGCCUUUAUGCUCGAUGCUAUUGGAAAGUUGUACAUGGAAGGAUACCACCCACGAAUCCAAGCUUUGUACCCGAAAGUGGAGUUCCCAGUAUCCACUGGAACUCCAAUGUUGGGACAUUUGGUUGAAUGGGCACACACUGAGAAAUGGGCACUACCUCUCUAUGUACAAGGUUUGAAGAAGACUGCUGCUGAAUGUUAUUUUACUUUGUCCGUCCAUGAUGAUGAGCACAGAUACCUGCGAGGACAUGUCGUUAAAGGGAAGAACCUGUACCCAUUUUCUGCCGCUCUUGUCGCUGUGUGGGACACAUUUGCAAUGAGCCUUGAUUUUAAGAAGAAGAGUGUCUCCGUACAGAUGCAAGACAUCCACCUCUUUGUCCAACCGAUAUUGCACGAUAAGCGACACUUGAAACUGAGCGUGUCUCUACAUAGAGGAACUGGGGCCUUUGAGGUAGCAAAUGAAGGCAUGGUAAUAGCGACCGGCACAAUAAUUAUUUGUGAAAGAAGCGAUGACAACUUCCGGUUAUAUAAAUUGGUGGCAGAAAAUAAAGAUGAGAUGAUGCUCAAUUCUGAAGACAUAUAUAAAAUGUUAUACACUCGCGACUUUAACUAUUGUGAUGAUUUCCAAUCUCUCCAAGCAAUUAACGAAACAUCAAGCGAAGGUAUUGUCAUCUGGAAAAAUAACUGGGUUACUUUUAUCGAUGGAUUGAUACAAUUUAAUGCUUUACGUCAAAAAAGUGGAGACACCACAUAUCCAGAGUAUAUAAGAAAAAUAACUAUUGAUGUUGAUAAUCAUAAAGUAGUCAGUGAAGAUGUAGACAUGCUAACAGCAAAUUAUUUUGACGUGUUCAACUGCACGAGAUGCGGAGGAGUUUUGAUUGAGAAUUUACGAUUCCGUGAGUUAUCGAUUGUUAAAAAUAACCUGUCGCUUAAAUCGUUGCAGUUCCUACCUCAUUAUCCUAAAGAUCGAACAGAUGAAGACACUGCGUUCUACGUUAUUCUUCAAAUGAUUAAGGAAAAUGUUCAUAAGAAAGAAAUAAUUGUAUCUGAGUUAGCUGAAUCAGCUGGUGAUACUGCAGAAUCUAAAUUUAGUUGUAUUCAUAAAAUCAUAAACGAUAUACCGAACUUCAAAGUAGAUUAUUCUUUAAUAAAGAAAGAAAGUUUACAAGGACUUGGUGAAUUUAAGGACGUUGAUGUUAUAUUCGUUAACAAUCUAUCUUCCAAUGACAAGUUAUGUGAAACUCUAGGCAAAUGUUUGCCACCCAAUACGUUUAUUGUUAAUAAGGAAUACACCAAACUAUUGAAACCACAUUCACUAUUCUCUAUUGUCAGUCAUCAUGACAUUGGAGACCAGUCCAUACAACUAAUUAAAUGGAAUCCAAAUACUGAUAAGGCUGGGAUCAGUGUUUAUACACUUGAAAAUAGUUCAGAUAUGGAGCGAAUAUUCAAUACAAUCGAUGCUCUUCCUAAAGAACAAAAAAUUCUCUUGAUUUCUUCAUAUCCUCCAAUACCGACCUUAGAUGAUUUGGCGGAACAUUUGCGCAAAAAUGGACGGCCUGUUAAUGUGAUGGUAAUUAAUGACGAAUUAAAUGGAAAUGAAGAAUUCCCGAAGUCCAAUUUGGCUAAGCUGGUUCUGAAUAACGGUGAAUGGGGAGGCAUUUACUAUUUACCAAUGAUUGCUGAGGCACCAACGAAAACAAAAAAGGAUUUAAUCCUACAAAGUAGACAUAUUGGAGAUCUGAAUUCACUUGAAUGGGUUGAUGCAUCAGAACCUACUGUUCCUGGAAUUAAUGUUACGGUUCAUUAUGCUGGCAUUAAUGAAACUGAUGCUAAGAAGGCGUCGGGUGAAAUUUUCUAUGAGAAUGUAAACAGAAACCAAUACGGAAUGGAUUUCAGUGGUGUUACUGAUAGAGGUAUACGAGUAAUGGGUCUUAUACAGGGUGGAGCAACUCGCAGUCGAGUCAAAGCAAACCCAAAUCUGUUGUGGCCAGUACCAGAAUUUUGGACUUUGGAAGAUGCAGCCACUGUACCGCUAGCUUACUCAUUAGCAUUUUAUUGUCUUGCGAUAAAACAAAAGUUGUUACCUGGUAUGAGAAUAUUGAUUCACGGUGGAACCGGCGCAUUAGGUCAAGCCGCUAUAUCCAUAUGCCUUGCUCAUAAUUGCGAAGUGUUCACUACCGUUAGCGAUAGUAGCAAGAAGCACCUCUUGAAGAGAAUGUUCCCGAAACUGAAAGAUGACCAUAUUGGAAACUCAAGAGAUAUAUCGUUUGGAGAUAUGGUCUUAUCUUCGACUGGAGGUUAUGGAUGCGACAUAAUUCUGAACUGCGUCAAAGGUGAUCUGAAAAAUAUAACUAUAAAAUGUUGUGCGCAUUCCGGAACUGUGUUGGACACGGGGAUGCUGCAAAAUAACGAAGACUUCUCGUAUGGAAUGUAUCACAUGACAAAAAGCAGGUCAUUUGCAGCAGUGGAUCUUUCCUCCAUCUUUAGAUAUGAAAAUGAAUUGGAAAUGAGGCACCUACAAGUGCUUAUCAGCGAGGGCAUAGCGCGCGGCUACGUGCGCCCGCUGACGCGGCUCACGUUCGCGCCGAGCGACGCGGCGCGCGCGUUCCGCCUGCUCGCCGCCAGCCGCCACCGCGGCCGCGUGCUCAUCGACAUGAAGCAGAACAUACCCAACACCAAUCAUUCAAUCAAAUUUCAUUCUUUUUUCAGUUUAUACAAUUCACCAAGAUACUAUCACAUUGUUAUAUCGGAUGAUGACGUAUUGGCAGUACAACUUCUUGAACGCCUCAUUAACGGAGGCGUGAGAAAGAUACAACUGAUUUGUUCCAAGAAAUCUAAUUUUACGACGCAUAAAAUAAAGAUUUGGAAAAAAUUAGGUGUCCAAAUUGAGUUGACAAUAGAGGGUUUAUGGGACAAGGAAAAUAUAUCUAAAUCUUUAGAUAGCGAUAUCAAACAUGAAGUGGAGGGAAUUUAUACAAUCAUCACGACUAAUAAUUCUGCAUAUAUUGCUUCUACCCUCAAAGAUUUGGAUUCUAAAACGCGGACCUAUCCUAAACUGAAGUCGUUUGCAAUAAUCAAUGAGAAUAACAUGAUAGGAGAAGAUGUAUGUUUGAUGAGACGUAAAUUGAAACUACCAGCCACAUUUAUAAAACUUCCUCAUCUUAAAAAGAUUGAUAAUGGUCAUUCAAUAUCAAUUAAAAAUGCCAUAGAUGCAAUCGAACGCGGUCUUUUGUCUGAAAGAGUUACGAUUGUAGCUCAUAAUAGUUCUUUAUCUGAUAUAUCAUUGCUUCAAGAAAUUUCGGAUCUAGCAGAUUUUAAAAUACCAGACGCUGUUGAUGAAACUACAACAUUGCUAGAGUUACGUAUGGAGCCCGCCAAAGCUAAAAUUGUGCAAGUUUACCUGAGGGACGUUUACAACGUCUGGUUAGAAGAACGUCAAAUUCUAAACUUAACAGUCCUGAAGCCGGGCGUGGAGGGCAACCACGCGCGCUUCUCCGUGCUGUGCGAGCGGCUCAAGCUGCCCGCGCUCGUGCUGCAACCGCCGCUUCGCCACGCCGAGGACCUACAUACUAUGGCGCAGCGAUUCGCUGAUAUUCUCCUGUCAUUGACCGAACUAAAGAACUUUUAUCUCCUUGGUUACGAAUCUGGAGCGAUUGUUGCUUUAGAGAUGGCCGCUAUUUUAGAAAGAUGUGGUCUUACUGGUGUUGUAUUUUGUCUCGGCGGUACACCCAAUGAAAUAAAAGCACAGUUUGACACAAAUCUUACCCAAUAUAAGGAUGAAAAAGCCUUACAAGAAGGAAUUUGCAGGCACAUGAUGAUGCUGAUGUCUGGAAAUAAAACUAACGAUAUUGAUAAUGUCUUGCAAAAGGCAACGACUUGGAACGAGAAAGUAACAGCUUGCGUUCGAAGUCUACUAGGAAAAGUGGACCAUUCAUCUCAAUAUGCACAAGAACUGAUUGAAGCUGCAUAUUCAAGGAUCCUUCACGUGAAUAAUUAUUCUGUUAAACCGAAAAAACUGAAAUCAAAGCUCGUUCUACUGCGACCGAAAAUGGAUAUCUCUGAUGAAUGGAAGUCCAUACUUGAAAAAGAUUCCCUUCAGAAUUAUUCUGAACAGCCAGUGGAAGAAUAUGACUUGCAAGCUCCACUAGCGUAUGCAGCUCAAGAUAUGAGGUGUGCUGGAAUCAUCAAUAGACAUCUUGAAGAUAGUAUUCUGGCAGCAUUCGAACAAAGAAAUCUUUGUGAGACAUAUUUGCUUAAUGCAGACGUAAUUACGCUACAAGGAGUGGCAUAGUUAGGCAGCCAAGGGCCUCGGGAAAUGUAAUAUCCAAGCAUACAAUUGUAAUGUUAUUUACAAACAACACUAAAUAAUAAUGUUCUUAUGGAGUUAAUGGAGAACUGAAAGGUUUUUACUAUUUAUAUCUUUGUUAUGUG